UGUUACUUCAGUAAAAGUAUAAUCAGGACAAGUUACUCAAAGUAUUAAAAGUAUAAGAGUAUUCAUAGCAUAACAAUGUCCCCUGUACACACUGUUGGGGAGUUACAUUUAUGACAAAAUAUUAUAUUUCAUGAGCUCUUCAAAGGUUUUGCAUGCAAAAAUAUUAGGUUGUAAAAUAUCUAAAGCUGUCAAAAAAGUGCAAUAUUUCCUCUGAGAUGUAGUGGAGUAGAAGUAUGACGUAAAGUACCUCAAAUAUGUACUUGAGUACAUGUACUGUUGCACGGCAGCAUGGUGAAGGGCUGCUGGGGUGAGUCUUAUUGGGCUCUUUGCCUCACUGAUACUCGGUGUGGUACCAAUGGUGUUCUCGGCCAUACCGAUAGGACCUGCCAUGUUCAAGUGAGGUGAUAAGCUUUGUUCAUUUAGUUAUUGCUGGCAAACGUUUAAGAAAGUCACCAAUAAUGCGGCAAAGAUAACAGCCGAAUCGUGCUUUGUUUUGGUUGCGCUGGUUUGGCCGCUUGCCUUCGAGAUAAUGUUGUAAAAAUGAAGUCUAAUCUGAGUCAAUUCUUUUUUUUAGAGAUACGCCUUUUUUAUAUCUUCGGAAAACAAGCACCACAAUCGGUACCAAAACGGUUGAACAAUCACUCUGAAUUACGUAACUGGUAUUUGUGGUCCACACCUAGAAUUUAGCAGAUAACGAGGAAAUAUAAAUUAAGGUGUUUCUGUUGAGCCGUCCACAUUCUGACCAUCGGCGUGCACUGCAGUGACAUUCUCCUGGCUGUAAGUUAUAGCACAAAAUAUUUAUUAAUUUGACCUGAAACUGGUCAUUAAAACUGUUCAAGUGUGCUUAGUAAUGCUUGCCUAACUCCUGCUUACCUUAAUUCAUAGUUAUAUAUCCAUGUAUGUCUUUUAUUCAAAAUAAGUGAUUUUGAUUUAUGCAUAUUUGUUAUUUUAUUUAUUAGAUUGCUCAUCUUCCUGCAAAAAUGAAGGCUGGUCAUAAGUGUCCGCUUCUCUACUUCACCCUACUGUCGGUCACCAUGUGGUGCCAUGGAAAAGACGGUUUCUUCAAUGACGAUGGAAACCUCGUCCUCCCGGGGUCCUACGAUGUUCCGUGGAUGGCGGGCAUUGAGAAUUUCCGCACCCUCUCUCUCAUCACCUUGCCCGGCUCCCAUGAGAGCAUGGCCCUGCACGGAGGACCAGAGGUCGAAUGCCAGUCCUGGCACCUGAAGGAUCAGCUCAGGGCCGGCAUUCGAUUCCUGGACCUCAAGGUGUUCGGGCUAGGGGACACCCUCUACGUCAUGCAUGGAGUGUUUUACCAGCAGAUCACUCUCAAGGACGUCCUGGACACCGUCCGAGCCUUCCUGUCAGAGUUUAAGACCGAGGCAGUGCUCAUUAGAAUCCAACCAGAGUCUUUUGAGAAGAAUACUGUCAAUCAAAUGGUGCAGAGUCUCAUCGGCAACGACCCAAAUGUCUGGCUGAAGUCUGAUAUGCCAAAUAUGGGUCAGAUCAGGGGGAAAAUUGUCCUUAUACAGAAGAGCACCUUCACAUUAGGAAUUCCCUUCAUAGAAACAAACGGGGAAAGUGUCAAAGAGGUCAGCAACGUUAAAGCUAAAGACAACCGUAUAAUCAAGCAGCUGAACCAAGCCAACGAGGCGUACGGGGGCGAUAAUGCUGUUCUGACUUACACUAGCGGCUCUGGCCUCGGUACCUUCUUCGGUAUGUUUCUGACUCCAAAGAGAGUGGCUGAAAGAGUCAACCCCUGGCUCAACCAGUACAUUAGGCAGUUCUAUGCCAAUAAGCCCAGACCAUGCUUUGGUAUCAUUGCCAUGGACUUCCCCGGCAUUGACCUCAUUCAAACGGUCAUCAAUUUAAAUUGGUGGUAAUCAUGUACCAUCGUGCGUUUGAGAGGUUUGAAUCUAAGGAAUGAUUAUGAAACGUGUUCCUGUACCUUUCACUUGUCUCUGUAAACACUUUGAUGUAACAGAAUACAACAUUUCUUCU